AUGUCCUACUACAACGACCCCUCCUGGCCUGCGCCUGCUCCGGGCCGCCAGUCGUCGUGGGAGCAGCCGCAGCCGCCCUCCCGUUCAGGUACCGGACACAGUGUUUAUAGCCGUGGCAGGACACAGAGUAACAUGGAUCCAGGCGCCAGCUCGACCGUGAACAGGGACGAGGCCAAUGCCUUUGUUGCGCAGUUUGACGAAGUCGAACGCGCCGCCGAGAAUCUCGCCAAGGGCGGAAAGCCAUUCGGCGGCUACCCUCCAUCCACGCCCCAGACUGGCAGCAGCCGUCGCGAGUCGAUGCCCAUGAUGGGUGGUCCCCGCCCAUAUCCCGAGCAGCAAGACGCUCGCUACGGCGGCCAGCAGCGCCACCACUCGGUCAGCGAGUACGACGGCAUGCGCUCCCACUCGGCCUCGAAUGCGCAGGGCUUCUACCAGAACCAGCGCUUUGCGCCGCGACCCAACGAUGCGGACCAGAUGGCGCAGGCAAAGCGACGGAUGGCUGCUCAGCGCGAGCGUGAGCUGCGCAACUACCACCAGGAGCAGCAAUAUCACAGAAACGUUUCGGGAUCUGGAUCCAAGUCGGACCGCUCCAUGAGCCCCAAUGCCAUGAAUGAAGACGACCGCCGCGAACUCAUCGCCCGCCAGCAUCGUGCCCUGUACGGCGAGAACUCAGCCCUCUACAAUAACAACCCCACCUCCAGCCAGGACGUCCGAGUCCAGUCAGCCGGUGCCAACCGUGGAGCCUCUCCUCUGGCUUUCGAUCCCUUCGGCAUGCAGGCACAGAAUGUUUCCGGCGAGGCUGCUGUUCAGAUGCCCCCACGAGGAGACAAGGAGGCUGCAGGUGGAGCCCAAGAGGCCCGUGCCAACAGCAACUCGUCCCCUUCUUCCCAUCAGAACCAGGCCUUCGGUCUGUUCGAUGCGCAGCAGGCUAGCCGCACCUCCAACUCCUCCCCCGGUGGCUCUCCUCCUGUCCCCGGCCCCAAGGCCAACGGAUCUGGCGUCGCCCCCAUCGGCACUCGCCCUGCCCCCAACCAGCACCAGCCAGCUGGUGCUCCUCUCGGCAAGCGGGCUACUACACCUCUCCCGUCGCCGCUUGGCUACAACUCUUACAGCGCUAGCGAACAACACAACGUCGCUACUACGUCCUCUUCUUUGAACCCUUCGUCGACGAUUACCGACAAGGGUGCUGCUAUCUGGAACAAUGGUCCCUGGGGUAACACACCCAACCAAGGUGUUCAGGCCUCUUCUGCACCGCGCCCCACCUCCCCCGUCAACAAUGCCGCGUCCGGCACAACGACCGCGCGCCCUGCGUCUCCUAAGCCUCCGGGUGGCCCUGCCACAGUUAUGCGCAGGAAGGCCGCCGCCGACCGCGCUGAGAAGGUCUCCAACCAGCGACCAAGCAGCACAAGGGCCGCCGGUGCUGGUGGCAGCUCAAGCACUAUGCUGAGGCUGUACACUGAUGAGUCCCCCGGUCUCAAGGUCGAUCCUGUCGUUGUCAUGACUCUGUCUGUUGUCUUCAUCUUCAGCGUCGUCGCUCUGCACGUUAUGGCCAAGGUCGCCCGCCGUUUCACCGCAUAA